AUGCAAAAAGGGGAAGUGUCUCUUGCACUUUUAGUUUAUGUCGAUGACAUCAUCUUAGCAGGUAAUAAUUCACAUGCUUGUCUUGCAGUCAAGGAGUAUCUGAAUCAGUGUUUUAAAAUAAAAGACCUGGGUAAUCUGAAAUAUUUUUUGGGUAUUGAAAUUGCCCGCAGCAAGAAAGGAAUAUUUUUAUGUCAGCGUAAGUAUGCCUUGGAUAUUCUUUCUGAUUCCGGGCUCAGUGGAUGUAAACCGGCGAUUUCCCCCAUAGAACAAAAUCAUCGUCUUGCCUUGGAUGACGGACCAGUAUAUGAGAACCCUGAAAGGUAUAGAAGACUCAUUGGUAAGUUGAUUUACCUCACUAUCACAAGACCCGACCUGAGCUAUGUUGUUCAUAUCCUUUCUCAAUUCAUGCAUUCACCGCGCCUAGCUCAUUAUGAGGCUGUUCUCCGGGUUAUUCGAUAUGUAAAGAGAGAUCCUGGUCAAGGACUUCUCCUCAAAUCGGAUUAUGACCUAAAAAUUCAUGCCUAUUGUGAUUCGGAUUGGGCUUCAUGUCUUCUUACCAGACGAUCUCUCACUGGUUUCUUUAUUAUGUUGGGUUCUUCACCCGUAUCCUGGAAGACCAAGAAACAAGUAACGGUGUCUCGCUCUUCUGCAGAAGCAGAGUAUAGAUCAAUGGCUGCAGCUACAGCAGAGAUUGUGUGGCUCAAGUCGUUUCUCACCUCUCUUGGGGUCACUCACUCAAGUCCUAUGGAAUUGUUUUGUGAUAACCAAGCUGCUUUACACAUUGCAGCGAAUCCGGUGUUUCACGAGCGUACCAAGCAUAUUGAGUUAGAUUGCCACUUUGUACGUGAACAUAUUCUAGCCAAGCAUAUUACAACAGCUCAUGUGCCUUCUCGUUCCCAACUUGCUGAUUUGUUUACUAAAGCCUUGGGACAACGCGAGCUUCUUAGUUUUCUUCCCAAAAUAUUUGAGUCCCUUCCCUCAAAUGGUGUUGCAAAUCCUUCUAUGAAAAAUCUUUCGCCAUUUUCUGCCUCACCUGUUGGCAAGUAA